AUGAUGACACACCCAGCACUACUAGCACUCCUCUGCCUCCCCCUCAAAUGUCCCCUUAUCAAGCUGCAGCUCAUCGUGGUAUUAAAGCCAACAGCAAUAAGCUCGCUCCACCCAAGGUCACUACUGCUGCUCGAAGAGCUGCUGUACGCCUGUUCCAACCUGCAUCAUCAAAUCCAGGUUACCAAUACAUUCACCUUCCCUGCCGUGUUCGCCAUAAGUUGAAAGAAUUACGUGCUAAACUUGCUGCCAUACACAUCAACCCAUCGCGCAUCCUGGAUAUCCAAUAUCCAGCUAAACAAACCGUCAGCCUAUUGGUGCACAACGAUUAUGCACCUAUCGUUAAACAACGUCUCACCAAAGCCAAGGUUCCUAUUCUUGCAGACUUUGAUCCCUUAUCUGGUACUAUCCUCCAUAAUACCGAACUAGCCGCUCUCCCAGAGGCAGAAAAACAAGCCAAAGCUCGUGAGUUCCAUACCCUCCGUUGCCUCAGAGCCCUGGAUUUCAUUCGCACUCCAGUAGCCUACGCUGUAGCCAAGACCUUCUUGAUCAACACCUGGAUCACUCAAGAACAUAUAGACCAAUUACGAAAGGGCAUCCCUUUCUUCCCUUCUUCAUCGAAAGAUUCCCAGCAAUCCUGUUGUAUUUGCUUAUUUAAAAAAUUGAUAACAGUUGUAAGUCGAUGACUAUGAACUUAGGUGUCUUUAUUAUUCUUCAGAUGAAGUAGAAGGAUUAUUUACUUUGCCUAUAUCUUGUUCUAUGUUGUACAUAACCUAUAUUAGAUGCAAUAUAGAUAGACCGUGGUAGAAUGUAUUCUCUACCUGGUUGUACGUAC